AUGGCAGAAGGCCAAGACGAACCCAAAAAGAUUACAAUUACAGUUAAAACCCCUAAAGAGAAGCAGCAAGUCGAAAUUGAGGAAGAUGCGGAUAUCAAAAAACUUAAAGAAGUACUAUCCCCCAAAUUUAAUGCCGAACCGGAGCAAUUAUGCCUCAUUUUUGCUGGAAAAAUAAUGAACGACUCUGACUCGCUCAAGCAGCACAACAUUAAGGAUGGACUGACAGUUCAUCUUGUGAUUAAAACUCCACCAAGGCCCGAACCUGAAGGAGGAACCCGCCGUCCUCCAGCUGAUAUUGGUGCAACACCAUUUGGGUUAAACUCACUUGGAGGUCUAGCAGGACUUGAGAGUUUGGGUCUAGGUCAAAGUACUUUUAUGGAUCUCCAGGCCCGUAUGCAACAAGAACUUUUGUCAAACCCAGAUAUGUUGAGACAAGUGCUUGACAAUCCUUUAGUGCAACAAAUGAUGAAUGAUCCAGAAAAUAUGAGAACUCUUAUUACAUCCAAUCCACAAAUGCAAGAUUUGAUGGCUAGAAACCCAGAAAUUAGUCACAUGUUGAAUAAUCCUGAACUCUUGAGGCAAACUAUGGAAUUGGCUAGAAACCCCGCCAUGUUGCAAGAAUUGAUGAGAUCUCAUGACAGAGCUUUAUCAAAUCUGGAGAGUAUACCUGGUGGAUAUAAUGCUUUACAAAGAAUGUAUCGUGAUAUCCAAGAACCAAUGCUCAAUGUGGCCAGCAGCAUGGCGGGGAAUCCAUUUUCUGGGCUAGUUGACAAUUCAGACGGCACCAACCCACAGCAGGGCUCUGAGAAUAGACAACCAUUACCUAACCCUUGGCAAAGAGGUGGCUCCAACACUUCAGGGGGAGGGACAGGCACAGGCACAGGUGCUGGUGCAGGUGCAGGUCCUGGCCUCAUCAACACUCCCGGCAUGCAGUCUCUCCUACAACAAAUGUCAGAGAACCCACGCCUGGUCCAGUCAAUGCUCUCAGCCCCCUACACUAACAGUAUGCUUCAAGCUUUGGCAGCGGACCCUGAAAUGGCAUCCCAAUUGAUUAAUCAGAAUCCUAUGUUCGCCAACAACCCACAACUGCAAGAUCAGAUCCGCACUAUGAUGCCUCAGAUGCUUGCUCAAUUACAGAAUCCUGAAAUGCAGCAAAUGAUGUCCAAUCCACAAGCUCUAAACGCGCUCCUCCAAAUCCAGCAAGGCAUGGAGCAGCUGCGCGCGGCUGCGCCCAGCCUCGUCAACAACCUGGGCUUCGGGGCGGCGGGGGCGCCCGCGACCCCCGCUCCCGCAGCGCCCGCGCCCGCGCCGCCCGCCGCACCCGCCGCCGCCCCGCAGCAAGCCCGCCAGCAGCAGAACUCGGAACUUUUUACACAAUUUAUGCAACGAAUGGUAUCCGCUAUGUCGAACAAUCAAACCAACACACAGCAGCCACCAGAGCAGCGCUAUUCACAGCAACUGGAACAACUUACUGCAAUGGGCUUUCUGAACCGAGAGGCUAAUUUGCAAGCGUUGAUCGCAACAUUCGGUGACGUGAACGCGGCGGUGGAGAGGCUACUGGCGCUCGGUCAGCUGUCUAUGAGC